AUGAGGCUCGCUACUCCGCUUCUGGGACUGGUCAUGCUCUGGAACUCUGUGUUCAGUCAGGAUAUUGUGCUGACUCAGAGUCCAGUCUCCCUGCCCGUCACUCUUGGGGACUCAGCCACUAUCAAGUGCAAGUCAAGUGAGAAUCUCCCAGAAGAUGAGGAUGGAGACAUCCUUUUAUACUGGUACCAGCAGAAGCCAGGCCAGGCUCCACGGCUACUUAUCUAUUAUGUUUCCAUCCGGGACACUGGGGUCCCAGACAGGUUCAUUGGCAGUGGGGCAGGGACAGAUUUCACUCUAAAAAUCAGCAGAGUGGAGGCUGAGGAUAUUGCAGUUUAUUACUGUAUGCAAGCUGUACAAGAUCCUCCCACAGUGAUACAGCCCUGCACAAAAACUUGCAUUGUGGAGACCCAGCUGUCCAACCCAACAAGUGUGGAUAUUGUAAUGACCCAGACACCACGUAGCCUGUCCAUCACACUUAGACAGCCAGCAACCCUCACUUGCAAGUCAAGUCACAGCCUUGUACAUAGUGAUGAAAAAACCUAUUUGAACUGGAGCCAGCAGAAGCCAGGCCAAGUUCCACAUGCCUUGAUCUAUGAAGUUUCUAACCAGUACACUGGGGUCCCAGACAGGUUCAUUGGCAGUGAGGAAGUUACAGAUUUCAUGCUUAAAAUCAGCGGAGUAGAGGCUGAGGACAUUGCAGUUUAUUACUGCUGGUAA